AUGUCAAUGGCAAUUACUGUACUCGGAGGCGGAGUCACCGGCCUCAGCACAGCGUGGUACUUAGCGCAGCGCCUUCCGUCGACGGUAGCGAUAAGGCUUAUCGAGGGCUCAUCGCGCCUUGGCGGCUGGGUGCGGACAGACAAGCGGCAGUCCGGCGGCACUUCUUUUAUAGCAGAAAAGGGCCCGCGCACGCUGCGCACAGGCCACUCGCGCGAGGCGCUGGCUGUGCUGGAGCUGGUCGAUGACCUAGGACUGAGAUCCGACGUCGUAAUGGCACCAAAGCUUUCAGCUGCCGCGCGCAACCGCUACAUAUACUACGGCGGCGAGCUCAACUGCAUGCCAACCGGCUUGGGGUCGCUGAUAACUGGACUUCCACCGGCAGUGCGGUGUCUUCCAAAGGGCAUUUGGCACGACCUGACGACGAAGAAGAAUGCGCCGGCAGAUUCGUCUGACGAGUCGAUCCACGAUUUUGUCAGCAGGCGCUUUGGCCAGCAGGUCGAUGACAACCUGUCGUCGGCUGUGAUGCAUGGCAUCUAUGCCACUGACACCAAGGAGCUGAGCGCCCGCGCGCUGCUAUACCCGUUCUGGCUUGCCGAUCAUACGGGGAAGACUGGCGUGCUGCGCGGCUUGCGCCGGGUGGCCAAGCUGUCCCGGGCACGUAACGCACAAUUUGCUGUGCGUGAUGCGGAGGAGAGGUACUUGAUAACGAAGCGCCGUAUGCAGAACCCCGAGUUCUGGGAAUCUAUCAACGACGCGAGCAUGUACUCGUUCCGCGACGGGAUGCAGACCCUGACAGACCGCCUGGCCAGCCGUCUCUCCGCUUUCCCGAACGUUGAGAUUAUCACGGGCCAGCCGGCAAUGGAGGCCCGCUUGGGGGAGGAUGGGAAUGCCGAAAUCCAGCUGGCCGACAGUACAGUUGUUCGCGCUCAGCACGUCAUCAAUACUUUGCCGCUACAUCACGUGCGGUCACUGUUUGCCGGCGGACCGUCGAACGCGCUGCUGGACGAUACGCCUUAUGCGAGCGUGGCUGUGGUCAACGUUACUUACCCCAAGAAGGGCAUCACGCCGGUCGAUGGAUUUGGAUACCUGGUCCCUCGCGCAUCCUCCGGCAGCUCAAAGGCCCUGGGCGUGGUUUUUGACUCAUGCACGUUGCCCGCGCAGGACGGCGGCGCUGAUAUCUCACGUCUCAGCGUGAUGCUCGGCGGAUCUCGCUUCCGCGAGCUCUUUGGGGCGCCUGGGAGCGCGAGCAAGAGCGCGCUCGAAGAUGUGGCUAUCGAUACCAUCCGUGCACACCUGGGGAUUAAAACCACCCCUGCGGACAUUGAUGCGACUGUUGGCGAGAACUGCAUUCCGUCCUACACUGUUGGUUACGUUGACAAGCUGAAGGCCAUGCAUGAGUGGGUUCAGGGCCAGCUUGGCGGCCGCAUGAGUGUUGUUGGCGCUGCAUAUGGCGGGCCCGCUGUGCCCCAGUGCAUUGUCCAUGCGCGCGAUCUAGUCAACCGCCAGCUGAACCUCGACUCUCUGGAGUCGCCGCAGGGCGUCACCGGCCUCGAAGAGAUUAUCGGCGGCUUUAAUUAA